CUCAAUCUGCUUUAAUCCGAGAAUACAUACCUAGAACCUCUUUUACUAUUCACCCCACUGUACCCGAUCACCUCCAGCUCGUUAUAUAACCUUUGCGCUUCAUCAUCAUCGUUCCGAUGGAGCCGGCCGCCAACGAGCGCCUCGAGCCAGAGCCGCCGUUUGCGCUCGUCCCGCAGCCGGCCCCGGUUGCAGAGCAGAAGCCGCGCGCGCGCGGGCGGCCGCCGGGGUCGAGGAACAAGCCGAAGCCGCCGGUGAUCGUGACGCGAGAGAGCGCGGCGGCCAUGCGCCCCGUGGUCCUGGAGCUCGCCCCGGGAUGCGACGUGGCGGGCGCCGUGGCCGCCUUCGCGCGCCGCAGGGGCCUCGGCGUCUCCGUGCUCUGCGGCCGCGGCGCCGUCUGCGCCAUCGCGCUGCGGCUCGCGUCGGCGGCCCCGGAGGCGGCGGGGAACGGUCACGUCGUCAGGCUGCAGGGGCGGCUCGAGGUGCUGACCAUGUCAGGGACCGUGCUGCCUUCGUCGUCGUCUUCCUCGGCUCCGGCGGCGCCGCCGCCGCCGUUCGUGGUGACGUUCGCGGGGGAGAACGGGCGGGUGAUCGGCGGCACGCUGGCCGGGGAGAUGACGGCUGCGGAGGAUGGCGUGGUGGUCGUGGCCGCCACGUUCAAGGACCCCGAGACGCACCGCCUGCCCGCGGCGCCGGAGACGGAGACGACUAAGGUGGAGGUAGAAGGCGAUGAUGGGAGCGUUGGAGUACUUGGUCGUUUUCAGGACGAGAGGCAUCUUCUUGUUCCGCCACAGCAGCAGCAGCAGCCAGCGACGGUGGCCGCCCCGGCCGGCAUGUGGCAUGGUGGCUUCGGCGGUCUUCCGGGUCAGGUGGGCCACUAUCCGCAGCAUGCGGCGGAGCAGAUGCAUCUGAGGGGCCAGAUGUCAGACCCCGGCACACCGAACCAUCCUUCCUGGACUCAUUACCUCUGAUUACUGUACUGAUCGGUAUUGUACUACUAGCAUCGAUCGGCAUUCUUGCUGUGUAGUAGAUCGCUCUUGAUGUCGAACGCAGCAGUUGUGGUUUGUGUCACUGCUUGCUAACUUAUUUUGAGACUAAGUUAAUUUCAACUCGUUUAAAGGUUCUGACCA